AUGUCGGACAUAACACGUUUUACUUCCAAUCGUUCUUCACUGUCGUUUUCGUUUGAAUAUACUAUUCGAUAUUAUCUUCAACGUCUGCAUCUUCGUGCACAAUCAGCAUUUAUAUCACUUCAAGCUAUGCCACGUUAUCCAUUACGAUUUAAUCAAGUUCCACCGCUCUUUUGUGAACCUUACAUUCUACGUGGAUUUCGUUCCAUUCAUCAGCCAUGGUCUUAUUAUUUCAAAUCUCUUUUUCAUAAACAUAAUGAAACCAUGAAUGUUUGGAGUCAUCUAAUAGGAAUUUUAUAUAUGAUACAUUUAUUUUUUUAUUAUAAUACAAGAUUAAAUUUUUUCGAAAAUGCUCAUUCAUGGCCGUUUGCUGUUUCAUUGUGUACAGCCAUAAUAAUGUUUAUAUGUUCUGCAUUUGCUCAUUUAUUUCAUUCAAAAUCAGAAAAUGUUCAUAUGACAUGUUUUUUAAUUGAUUAUAUCGGUGUUAGUUUGCAUGGUUUUGGUUCAGGUUUUCUACAUAUUUAUUAUUCUGCACCACAAUGGUUUUAUGAGAAAAUUGAAUACCAAUAUGUAUUUGUUCUUCUUAUACUUGGAGUCUUAGCAUGUUUUCUUAAUUGUUUUGCACAAUAUUAUUAUCAUCGACCGUAUCCGCCGAUAAAACGUAUUUGUCAAUUUUUUCCAUGUGGAGUUCUAUGGCUUUAUUCAAUUGCUCCAUUAUGUAUACGUUUAUAUACAUCCAAUAUUUUAUCAAAUCCAGCAUUAAUAUGUCAUUUAGCACAGAUCAUUUUAUUUCUUGUUGGUGCCACAUUUUUUGGUUUUGAUUUACCUCAACGAUUUUGUCCUGGUCUACUUGAUUUUGUUGGACAGGGUCAUCAUUUAUUUCAUGUAUGUGUUUAUUUAGUAAGCGUUUGCCAAAUGCAUGGUGUCUAUUGGGAUUAUGAAGAGUUUCAAAGUAUAAUUGAUCAACGAAGUAAACCUGAAUUAAUAUUUUGUGCUGGUUCAAUGUUUUCUCUAAUAGCAUGGGAUUUUGUUAUUGUUUGUUUUUUUCGAAGACGAAUUCAUAAAACAUAUCAUAUAGAUUAG